UUUCCUUGCUAUUGUUAUUUUCGAACAACCAACCCAUUCGGUCCGAUGGCAAAGUGAAGAGCUAUACACCUUUGUGCAAUGCGAUUGUUGCGCUGAACCAGGGAUACCCACUACGAUAAAGCUCCCAAAACUACCGGCAGCAAAUCUCUAUAUAGAAUGAACGUCAGCACGCGAAGCUGCCAGCGGUUCCAGGCGGCGAUCGGGCUAAGGUUUCCACUAACCAAUAGCACGACAGCUGGGGUGGCAACGGUCCCCAUGGUUACAUGGCGCUUGUAGGACUUGUUUGCUUGCUUGUUGCGUGUCCGAAGGUAAAAUCGUAGUAUUCUUGUUCUGUAGGUACCGUCUUCAACUAAAACAACUAUAAACAGGAAACUAGUUGGACCUUCCAGACUGCAUUUAAAAUGCCGGGUACAGCAAGACAUGAUCGAGAGAUGGCAAUGGAAGCAAAAAAGAAACUUGCACAGUGUAGUGAUCCCAUUGACAAAUUACGACUUCAGUGCUUAUCAAGGGGGUCUGCUGGUAUCAAAGGCCUUGCCAGAGUUUUUCGAAUUAUGGAUGAUGAUAAUAGCAGAUCUCUUGACAUGAAAGAAUUUUUGAAAGGGUUAAGUGACUAUGGUGUGCUACUUGAGAAAGAAGAAGCACUGCAAGUUUUUAGGCAAUUUGACAGGGAUGGGAACGGAACUAUAGAUUUUGAUGAAUUUCUUGUAACACUUCGGCCGCCCAUGUCUAAUGCAAGAAAAGACGUUAUAAUGCAAGCAUUUAGAAAAUUAGACAAGACUGGUGAUGGUGUAGUAACAAUUGAAGAUUUAAGAGGUGUAUACAAUGCAAAACAUCACCCAAAAUAUCAAAAUGGAGAAUGGACAGAAGAUCAAGUAUUUAGGUCAUUUUUAGACAACUUUGAUUCUCCUUAUGACAAAGAUGGCGUGGUCACAAAAGAAGAAUUUAUAAAUUAUUAUUCUGGAGUCAGUGCCUCUAUAGACAGUGAUACCUACUUCAUUCUAAUGAUGAAGAAUGCCUGGAAAUUAUAGCACUGUGUCACUGGUUUCUUGGAAUCAAGAAGAAUGAGAUACGGUUUUGAAGGACUUUAUUAUGUUCUCAAAUUUUAUUUUUUAUCAUUUAUAUCAGUGAUAUUAGAUGACCAACCCAAAGGCUAUUGGAUUAUUAUGUACAACUUAAAAAAAAUUUAACUCACAAACUUGGCACUGCUGAACAUUUUGUAAUAUUUCUGUAUGAUAUUAUUAUUCCCUUGUCCAUAAUUUUGUGUUUAAACCCUUUUAUUUGUGGCAAUUUGUUUAUAAUAUAUUUAAUACCUUUUACAAUAUAUUAAUUAUUUCCAUUUAUUGGCAAGAUCAGAUUGCAUUUACAGCUGAUUUGUGGAAAGACAGCAUAUAGCUGUGUUAGUCACAUAGUUCUUCACUUGAUGGCUUAAAAUCCUUUCUGAACAGAGACUGCUCUCCUGCUGUUACUGCAGUACCAUGUAACCUGUAUAAUAUAUGCAGCUUAGGACACCAGGACUAUAUGUCAUGUACAGAACAUCAAGCUUGCAAGUGGAUUCUUGUUGUGCAAGCAAACCUUGUUUCUCUGUCUGUAACAAAAAAAUAUAUUUUGUAUUAAGCAUUUGA